AUGUGGAUCAUUUGGAGCCAGAGGAAGAGCAAGGGGAAAGGGAUCCGCAAGGCGUUCACCACUGUCCUCAGCAUGGGGCAGCCUGCAAAGGUAGGAUGUUGUGCAACCUUUCGUGCGGUCUUCAGCCUGUACCGUCCAUACUUUCUGGACCGCAAGACACUGUGCCGUGCCUGGAUGCUGAUGCUUAUAAUCGUCGCCCGCUCGGUUGCAAGUGCGGCCCUGUCCGUGGGCUUUGUAAAGAUCCGUGGAGCCAUGCUGAAUGCAGUCGUUGCCAAGGAGGUGGACGAGUUUUUGGCGAUUUUGUGGAACUAUUGCUUGUUGAUUUCUCUCAGGGCCCCCCUCGCAAUUGUGAAACUUGGUGGUCAAAUUCUGCUGCACAUGGACUGGCGCAAGUAUCUCACUCGCCGCAUGCUUCAGCUCUACGUGAGUGAGGACAAUGCAUUCUAUCGCUUGAGCGUGCAGUAUGGCAAUGUGGACAAUCCUGAUGAGCGUAUCGCAGAGAACAUCGGGACCUUCACUGGUGCCGCGUUGGACCUUACCGUCAGACUGCUAGAUGAGGUUCUGCGCAUAGUGAUGAUCUGCACGCACCUCUUCGCAAUCUCGCCGAUGUUCCUCUACAUCCUGACUGCCGUGUGGGUGUUCUACACCGGCCUCAUGAUGGGGUUGUUUGCCGGGCCCCUCAUGCGCAUUCAGCGGCGCGUGCUGGCAGUCGAGGCGAGCCUCCGUUAUUGCCUGAUGCGCAUUCGGGAGAGUGCGGAGUCUGUGGCGUUCUUCGGCGGCUUCAAGUACGAGUAUGAGUGCUGUGAGAAGUUCCUGGACUAUGCGAUAUGGGCCGAGUACAAGAAGACCGGCAUCCAGAUCAUCUACGACGUUGCCGACGUGUUGAUCUCCCUAGCAGCAACAGCUAUCCCAUGGUGCCUCCUGUGGUCUCUGUACUUUGAGGGCCAGCUGGACGUUGGUACCUUGCACCUUGCCUUGAAAUUGUUUAGAAGUGCGAUGACCAGCAUGACGGGUCUAGGCCGCCUUCUUGAAACCAUCUACCAGCUCGGAGCGGACGCCAUCCGCGUUAAGGAGCUUCGGGACGCACUGCAAAAGAUGGACGAGGAAGGCAAAGCUUCCGAUUCAAAGAGUGAAGCCUCGACAGGGACGGAUCCUGAGGACUGCUCUGAGAUGGAGUUACUGGACUCCUCCGAUGAGACGGAGCUGGACCUUCCGGAGGAGAAGUUGCACAUCGAGGACAUCGACCCUGUGUCAACUCUCCGGCUGCAGGUGUCGCAGGUCACGCUCUUCCCACCCUUGGUCAACGCUCCGCUGAUGGAAGCUUUGUCCUUCGAUCUUUACGAGGGCCAGUCCCUGCUGAUCGAGGGAGCCAGCGGAUCCGGGAAAAGUUCCCUGCUGCGAACCAGGAUCGAGAAGUGCUUCUUCGUGCCGCAGACACCCUACCUCUGUCUCGGCUCACUUCGAGACAACCUCCUCUAUCCGUGUCGAGAGGGCGUGGAAGAGCCAAGUACUGCACGGAUCUUCGAGGUGUUGCGCAAGCUGAAGAUGGACCAUCUUCCGAAACGCUUUGGCAUGGACGAAGAAGUGGACUUGCAGAAGAUCCUCUCCACGGGUGAGACGCAGCGGCUGAAUCUGGCGAGGCUUUUACUCCAACCCAACGUGGAGCUGGCCUUCAUGGACGAAUCGACAGCUGCCUUGGACGAGGAGAAUGAGCGCACGGCCUACGAACUCGUGCAGAAUCAUGUGGGUUGCUACGUCUCUGUGGGUCAUCGCCCCAGCCUCGUUGUCUGCCAUACACAUCGGCUCCAGCUGGUGAAGACAAGCAGGGACGUCUGUCGCGGAGUGCUGUCGGAAAUGAGAGCAGCAGGGCAGCGGGACAGGAAUGCCAUGCCUUGCAUGGUGAUUCACGGGCAUUUCCCUCCUAAGUUCGCAGCCGGGAACCUGCAGCCGCCUUCCGUGACUCUGCGUGUGCUGCGAUCAGGCCGUGGCCAAUGCGGAAGCGAAGCAGAUCGACAAGGUGCGCUGCAACUCGUCAAAGCGAUGGAGGCCCUGAACCCCACGCCAGAGCCCACCAAAGGCCUGCUGGAAGGAAAAUGGAGGCUGAUCUUCGCUUCGGAGGACGUCACGAGGUCUUCGCCCUUCUUUUGGGGCUGGCGGAGGAUGCUCGAGGGAAUUCCGGAUCCUUCGCCUUUGAGCCGGGCCCUCUUCAACACUGAGGAGCUUUCUGAAUCGAUUUUCGCCUUCACGGAUGGCAUCCCGCUGAAGAACAUCGGGGAGGCCACCCAAACUCUCUACAACGGGCAGAUCGUGAACCGAGUGGCCGUGGAGAUCUGGGGCCUGGGCACGACUGUGAUGACGACCACUUGCAGGUACAUGCCUGCCGAGGAUCCUUCUGAGCUCCUGCUGACUGUGGAGACGACACAGGCUGUGGACAACACGCUACCCCUCGCCGACCAAGUCGUCUUCCCCUCCGAGACCUUCCUUGGCGACAAUGCCCGCCUCCGGGCAAGAGUAACGUACUUGGACGAGGAUCUGAGGAUAUUCCGGAAUGAGCUCGAUGCAGAGGGCAACUGGUUGAGCAGCGAAGUGCCGGCAGAGCGAACAGGACCGGCCUUUGUUGCGGAUCGGAUUCCGGUCUGA